AUGAAACUCUGUUUUUGCCAUCAAAAUUUAAACUUUAAACAAACACAUCGUCAGCAAAUGAUGCAAGAGAAGAAGAGAAAUAAAGUUUUGUGGUCGUAUAACCAUCAAGGACGUCCCAAUACAACAUCCCAGGUUUGCUUUACCUGGUUUGGUUGCUUAAUUACAUCAGCACGUUUAAAUGUUUUUCAGAUAAAUUCUGUCGUGGCGAGCUUUGUUGUUUACAGCCAACAAGUCAUCAUGUCAAACGACCCGCAACUUUCACAAAAACUUUAUUAUGCUGCUGUGUUGUUGUUCGAUGGUUUGAAGAAAAUCUUUCUAUGGAACGCUCCAAAAUGCCAAGAAAUAUGA